GGAUUCCGAGCGGCAACCUGGGGAAGAGAAACUAAUUGGAGGGCCUUUUCUAACAAGAUCCUUCUGCGCGGAGGUGACCGGGGCAGGGCGUUGGGCAGGUGCCAGGUGUGGGUGCCUGAGGGGAAGGAUGUGCCUCGGGCAUGGAGGAGCCCUCUAGGGACAAGAUUUCUCUCGACUUUGGGAGCAGCUCUGGGGCUUAAAACAAGGACUGGAAGUUAAGAGAGCGGAGAGGGACUGAAGAAAGCUCUGUCUCCCUGCCAUCCUGCUCCCGCUCUUCAGCCUUAGGAUCCCCAGAAAGACAGACAAACUGUUGCCUCCUCUCCUCCUUCCCCAGCUGUGUGGUCAAGGAUCCCCUCAUGUACAUGGAGCGGGCAACAGCCAUAGCAGAGCCCCGGGCACCGGUGGACCAUGGUGUGCAAAUUCGAUUCAUCACAGAGUCAACUGAUAGUACACAGUCAGCCUCCCUUCGUCGGGUUGGCCGUCGACCAGCCAAGGACUCUAGAGCUAGUUCUUAUGGUGUAGCAGUACGGGUUCAAGGCAUUGCUGGGCAACCCUUUGUGGUGCUCAACAGUGGGGAGAAGGGUACCGAUUCCUUUGGGGUACAGAUUAAGGGAAAUGGUAGCAGAGGAGCCCCUGAUUCACUGAGCUCAGACUCAGAGCUUCCUGAGAAUCCAUAUGGCUCACCUCGGAGGUUCGUUGGCUCCUAUUCCCAGGGCAGUACUUCCGAUGAGGAGCUUGGGACUGGGCAAAAGGACAAGCUUCAACGUUCCCAUUCCCAUGCCUCCUUGUUGAAUUCUGCUCCUGUGGGCCCACGUGUCCUAACUGGCAGCCUAUUAGAAUUAACCCCUUCAAUUGGUUCCUCUGGGAAUGCCAUUGACACAGCACCCCUGUCCUCAGUGGAUUCACUCAUUUGCAAGUUUGACCGCCAGGGGGCCCAAACAAGGGGUCGGUCUGGCUGCCGUGGGAGAAUCCUCUCUCCUGAUCGUCGAAAGCGGAGUCAGAGUUUAGACAGCCGAGUGCCUCGAAAUAUGGCAGAAGAACGUGAACGUGAGCAAGAGCACGAACGGGACUUCAGCAAUGCCUCAUCCCCUAACUCGAAGCAGAUCUGUACGAUAAGUGGUUUAAAUCAGGGCCAGGCGCCAUCAAAUGCAGUCAGCAAAUCCCGACAGACUCAGGAAUGGGUGUUUCAGAGCUUUGAGGAGCCCCGGGGGAGGACCCAGGACCCUGGCCUAAUGCAGUUCAAGUCAACCCCAGACCUUUUGAGGGACCAGCAAGAGGCCACAACCCCUGGCAGUGCUGAUCAUGCUAAAACUACCAUCUAUAAUAUUCUACGGGAGGGGAGUUUGGAAAGUGAGGCAUCUGUGAAGAGGAAGGUCAGCCUGGUGUUAGAACAGAUGCAAGCCCUGAUGCAGGGAAGUCCUUCCAGUGUCUCACAAGCCAUGGCAGUGCAUCGUGGGCUGAUACAGAAGAUAGAAGAGCUCCAGCAAAAGCUGGAUGAGGAGAUGAAGAAACGGCAGAAGCUGGAGCUCACUCAUGAACCAUCCCGUCUUGUGCUGGAACGACAGCUUGAGGAGAAGGUGGAAGAGUGCAUGCGACUACAGGAGAAACUGGAAAAGAAGAAGGCAGAGAUGCAGCGUAGCACUCAGGAGUUUCAGGACAUGAAGCUCCUUCUGGAUCAGGGUGAGCGACUACGACAUGGACUUGAAGACCAGCUGAAAGAGAUGCAAGACAGGCUACGGCAGGGACAGAACCCUGAUGCUGCAAAGGAGACCCUCUUAAAGGACCUGCUAGAGACCAGGGAGUUACUGGAGGAAGUACUAGAGGGGAAACAGAGGCAGGAAGAACAGCUCCGGCAACGGGAGCGGGAACUUACAGCUCUGAAGGGAGUCCUGAAGGAGGAGGUAUCCUCUCGGGACCAGGAGGUGGAACGUGUCCGGCAGCAGUGCCAACAGGACAUGGAACAACUGCGCCAAAGCGUGAAAGAUGCCUCCCAAGAUCAGGCCACCCUGGAGGCAGAAAGGCAGAAAGUGUCGACCCUCAUUCGGGGCCUCCAGAGGGAACUCCAAGAGAGUGCUGAGGAGACGGGGCAUUGGCAAGGCAUGUUCCAGAAAAAUAAGGAGGAGCUUCGAGGGACUAAGCAGGAGCUGUUACAGCUUCGGCUGGAGAAGGAAGACCUAGAAGAAGAGCUCAGGGAGCAAAUUGGGGUUCUGCAAAAGGACCUAGAGCAGGCCCGAACCAGUGCUGAGGACAAUCGUCAGGCUGAGAGCCUUAAGAAGGAACUGAAGCGGGCACAGGAAGAACUCCAGGACCUUCGAGAACAGCAGAGCCAGGAAGCUGCUGGGAAGAAUCGGGAGCGAGAACUGGAGAAGGAGCUAGAAGCCCUCAAGGAAGAGGCUAAGCGGGGAAAGGGGGCUGAGCAGCAGCAGCUCCAACUGCAUAAGAGCCUUCAGCAGCUUCGACAGGACUAUGAAGAGACUGCCAAGGCCAAGGCAAUGGCUGAAGCGGAGGUAACCAUGAUGGGACAGCGGCGGGCAGCAGUGGAAGCAACGCUACGUGAAACCCAAGAAGAGAAUGACGAGUUCCGGCGUCGGAUCUUGGGCCUGGAACAGCAGCUGAAGGAGGCCCGGAGCUUGGCUGAGGGUGGAGAGGCUGUAGAGGCAAGGCUUCGGGACAAGGUGCAGCGACUGGAGGCGGAGAGACAGCGAUUGGAGAAGGCCCUGAAUGCAUCUCAGGAAGAGGAGGAAUCACUGGCUGGGGCAAAGCGGAUGCUGGAGGGGCAGCUGGAAGAGGCACAAAGAAACCUCAUAAGAUUUGGGCAAGAGCAAAAGAUAUUAAACCGAGCCUUAGAGGAGGAAGGGAAGCAACGGGAAGUCCUUCGGCGAAACAAGGCUGAGCUGGAGGACCAAAAACGGUUGUUGGAUAAAACUGUAGAGAAACUCAACAAGGAGAUGGAGAAAAUUGGAGAGGAGUCACAGAGAGCACUAGGGGAGCUACAAGCCCAGCUGGAAGAAUACAAGGAGAAGGCACGUCGUGAUGUAGCAGGUGCCCAGCGCCAGGCCAAGGAGUGGGCCAGUGAGGCUGAGAAGGCAGCUGGAGGGCUGGGCCAGCUACAGGAAGAGGCCCAGCGGCUGCGCCAAGCUCUGCAGGCAUUGCAGGCUGAGCGAGAUACAGCCCUCCUGGACAAAGACCUGCUAGCUCAGAAACUACAGGGGCUGGAGAAAGAGACUGAAAGCAAAAAACGUUCCCAGGAUGACAAGAUCCGGCAGCUUAAGAACCUAGAGGAGAAGGUCUCACGCCUGGAGGCAGAGCUGGAUGAGGAACGAAACACUGUGGAGCUGCUGACAGAUCGAGUGAACCGUGCUCGAGACCAGAUCGACCAAUUGAGAGCAGAACUACUACAGGAGAGAUCCAGUCGGCAAGACCUAGAAUGUGACAAAAUCUCUCUGGAGAGACAGAAUAAGGACCUGAAGAGCCGACUGGCCAGCUUAGAGGGUUUCCAAAAGCCCAGUGCCAGCCUCUCUCAACUGGAGUUCCAGAACCAGGAGCUGCAGGAUCGACUUCAGACUGAAGAGAGGGAGAAGACACUUUUGCAGACCACAAACCGAAAACUGGAACGGAGAGUCAAAGAGCUUUCCAUCCAGAUUGAUGAUGAAAGACAGCAUGUAAAUGACCAGAAGGAUCAGCUGAGCCUUCGAGUGAAGGCCCUGAAGCGACAAGUGGAUGAGGCCGAGGAGGAAAUUGAACGGCUGGAUAGUUUGAGGAAGAAGGCCCAAAGAGAGCUGGAAGAGCAGCAUGAAGUCAAUGAACAGCUGCAGGCCCGAAUCAAGACACUGGAAAAGGAUUCCCGGCGCAAGGCUACCCGAUCAGCAGCUGAGGCAUCCCUCAAGCAUGAUGGGCUGAGCUCAGAUGAAGAAUUUGACAGUAUCUAUGAUCCCUCAUCCAUUGCAUCACUACUCACUGAGAGUAACCUCCAGACCAGUUCCUGCUAGCCAGUGGUCAGCAAGGAGACAGGCAGCCAAAUUGUAGAAGGUCCUUCCCUCCUCUUGCCCUAGUCUCCCUUUCCCUGGUCCACCAAAUGACCCUGCUAGAGGGAGGGUCUGGAUGGUGGUAAGAGGAAUUCCUGAGCAUGGGACAGAACACUGCUAGGGAAUGGAUUUUACUCCUCCCCAUAGGGGAGUGGGCUUUUCUGACCUGUCAAGCCUUUCCCCUCUCCUUCCCUCCAUGUGGACAAAGAGUUUGGGAAGGAGUGGAUAGGUAGGGGAGGAGGAAGAAAUUAAGAGAUUUAAACCAAUAGAGCUUGUAUUUUUUCAGCCUCCUUAUCCUAAGGCUCAGGGACAUUCCCCGUGAGAUCCCUUUACCCAUCCUUUUCCAGAUUGGGUAAGGAGGUUUGAGAGAAAGGACACAUUAUGGGCUAUGGACACGCUGGCGUGGUCCUGCCUGCUUUUCUUUUGCACAAUCCUGGGGGCCACUGGGGUACCCCCAUGCCUCUAGACCUUCCAUUUUACCUUUACCUGCUUUGAGCCAGCAGCUCCAAGGGACCACUUCUCUUUUUCCCAAUUGACAUGCUUCUUACCUUCCUCUCAGUGCCUUAGUUAGGGUGAGAAGAUGAGGUGGUUCUCCAAACACAUUCUCAUAGAGCCAUCAGGUUCCACUCAGUACUCAUCCUUGUUCCAGUUAAGAAGGUAAAACAAGGCAAACUCUCUUGGGGUAGAAACAAUGGAUGACUCUUCUGUUUUGUCUCCUGGUGAGAAGAGAGAGCUGAAAAAGGCCUGUGCUAGGGUAACAUUGUAUAGUGGGAAGGACUUAUUUUGUUCACAGGACUUCCCUCCUUCCCUUGGUGGUUGUUAUGAUUUGGUUGGGACCAGGGAACCCUGCCAGCUCUCUAAAUAAAUACAUUUAAAGAUCCACAGAUCAAGAACCUCCUUAGUUCUAAUGGUUCUACUCCAGCAUUCCCACAGACCUACUCUUGGCCUCAACAGGCAAUCCAAAGGUCUUGCAUUUUCUCAGAAGCCUGGCUCUUAAUGCUAGCUCCUGCCGCAAGCUGGGAAAUCUGACUUCAGAAUGGAAUGGGUGGAGGAAAUGAAGACCUCCAUCCUGACUUUGGCUUUUAAGGACCUAAGCAGCCCUCAUGAAUCAUCUCCAGUAGCCUUGGGGAGAGAAACAAGACUACACUCACCAAUGGCUUGUAAUUUUGUGAUUUUUGUACCUCUGUUCCUUGGGCAAAUCAUACGCCUCUUUCCCUCCAAUUUUUUCUUGAUUUUAUUUUAAAUUAAAUAUAUCUUUAUAUUGUGAA